AUGAUCAACAUUCACCAUCCCCUCAUGCCACGAGGGUGUGUGUUCCAAGGCGGCUGCUACAAAGAUGAAGUGCAAAUAUUUAAAAGAUUCUCCAAAAAAGAAUAUUUUUUGAAAUUUUGGUACUCAUUUCAUGGGUCGUCAACUUUAGCAACACAGAUCCUCAGAAGAAGACACGAAUGUAUUUCAUGUGAACAACAUUCAAGAUCCUCUUCAAAGAACUUUGUCUUCAUUGGAGCUUCCAACAAACAUCUCUCUCUUUCAAAUGGAACACCUUCAUCUUCAUUCAGAGGCUCUCCCUUUGAUAACAAUCAGAAGAUACUACUCCAGAAGACAAUCAUUCGGGCAGCAGGCAGAGGCCUUGUAGAUGUACCCUCUGACCCUCUUGAGUCAAGAGCAACUAGAAAUCUGGAGAAAAAGCUAAAUGACUAUAUACGAUGCCAAGUGUUUAACAGUAACGCUGGGAGCAUAUGGGAAGCAAAAUGGAGUUGGUUUUUCUGCAAUCAAAAAGGAAAGGAUGUGCUUAUUCUCUUAAAAAGAUUCUGAAUAUUGCAUGGAAAAUGCUAUCAACACUUAUUUAGUAUGCCUGGGAAGGGAAAUGCCACAUGGUGUGGUAUUUGGUGGGUUAAAGUAUUAGAAACAACUGGUCAAUAUAAAGAGGG